AUGGCGCCAAUUACAGCCUUGUCGCUGCAACAGAUCCCGCUAUCCUACGCAUCCUGCUCCAUAGGAUGCAGCGCGAGCGACACGCUGCCCCGGAAACUCGAAGCUAUUGGCCGAGCAGGAUUCACGGCGAUCGAGCUUUCGUUUCCCGAUAUUUUGGACUACGCCGAACAAGUACUCGGGCAUGAAGUUCCGCCAGAUGAUUAUAAGAAAUUGUCCGAAAUCGGCAAAGAAAUUCGCUCUCUUUGCAAAGCAAACGGCCUGGCCGUCAUGAUGUUACAGCCUUUCUCCAAUUUCGAAGGAUGGCCCCAGGGUUCGAGGGAACGGAAAGAGGCCCGCGAAAGAGCCGAGGGUUGGAUCGAAAUUAUGAAGGCUGUUGGAACGGAUUUAUUACAGGUCGGCUCAACCGAUUCACCAGCAGACAAAAUCUCUACUGAUCGUGCAGUGAUCGUCUCCGACUUGCGCGAGCUGGGUACGAUGCUCGCCGAGAAUAAUUUUCGCCUGGCCUAUGAGAAUUGGUGCUGGUCAACCCACGCGCCAGGCUGGAAGGAGGUCUGGGAGAUUGUCCGCGACGUGGACAUGCCUAAUGUCGGUCUGUGCCUCGAUACCUUCCAGACUGCAGGUAGCGAGUGGGCCGAUCCCACUUCCUCGACAGGAUUGAUCGAGAAUGAACCCGCAGAUCGAGUGUUGCAGAGGUUCGCCCGCAGCAUGGAUGAGCUGGCACACACGGUGCCCGCAGAGAAGAUCUAUCUUUUACAGAUCUCAGACGCAUAUAAAGUCUCCCCACCUUUGGAGAAUAAGGACGUCAAGGGGCUGAGGCCACGCGCGCAGUGGAGCCACGAUUACCGGCCGAUGCCGUAUGAUGGUGGUUACCUCCCGAUUGCGGAUGUCGCGAGAGCGGUGUUGAAGACUGGCUUCCGGGGGUGGUUCUCCAUGGAGAUCUUCGAUGCAGGUCCCCAGGGCAAGGGGAAGAAGUAUGAGAUGGAGCCCUUUGCCAAGAAAGCCAUGGAAAAUAUGCAGAAACUUCUGCACAACUGCGUGACGGAUACUGUAGAUACUUGA